AUGGACCAGGAGAAUGAACGUCAUAAUGAGUCUAAAUUCUCAUUGACCUACAGCAGUGCUCAUUGUAUACGCAACACCAUUGCCAGCUUUUAUCAUCAAGGGCUCAUGAAAGCCAUAAAAGCCCUGAAACAUGUUGUUUAUACAACCAAUUUCAAAAUGCAAUUUAACAACAACAAGCAGAAGGGAAAAGGACACAAAAAAUCCCUGAAAAUUUCUCUUUUGUCACAACUCAAUGCUGUUUUAGAAUAUUUACGAUCUUUGCUACCUUGCUGUGAAGAUUACUGA